AUGUUGAGAUAUAAUGCCACGGAUAUGUUCAUUAAAGGAUUCGACAGCGUUUCAUCAGGCUACCCGAUCAACGACAGACUGUUGAUGUCAGCAUCACAUAUGAACAAUACAGAGGCAUGCGAUCAUCUCAUCAACAAGCGUCCAAGAACAUUCUAUUCCAUAGAGCGUACUGACUCACCUGGCUACGUCAAGCAUGGCAACGUGCACAUACUCCAGUCCUGCCUCAACCUCAUGGUCCACUCGUCGUUUGCCAAGGGAAUGGUGUCGGUACUUCCCCUGGCCGUAGACUCUGGCAAUUUGGACUUUGUGCGUUUGCUGCUCAAGCAUCUCCCCAUCAAUGAGGAUUCCAACAGUUUGCUCACCGACAACGACAACGACAACGACAUCAAGUUCAAGAGACGUGGUGGCAUCAGUGUUGACAUGCUCAAGGUGCUUCACGAAGAGUUCAACUGCCUGUUUGUUCUCACCAAACUUUGGAAAGCGAUACUAUCACGCUCGGUCCAUUGCAACAUGCUGGGCAGUGUUCAAUAUAUACUGGAUAGCAUGCCAUCACCAAAGUUUCAGCAGCUUCUGUCUAGCGACGACCACCCCAACGAUAUGAGUUAUUAUUGGCUACUCUGGAGGUGUGCCAAGAAUGACAACAUUGCUAUGUUUGAUGCACUAUUCAAUAUACGACUGGUGGAUCAAAAUGAUCGGAUGGACAUCAGAGCUACGAUCAAUGAGGCAGCUGACAGUAGUCACGAAUCAUUCAUCAAACACCUCUACAAGUAUCACGUUGGAAAUGGUCACAUCACCAGAAUUUGCGAAGAACUGCUACGCGACCUAUUGGUGAUGGGCCAAGACCUAGACAUAUUGGAUGUGGACCAAGCCAAACUUCUCAUCACUCCAUUGGCAGCCAUUCGUAACAAUGACUUGGAAUCAUUCAAGUCGGCAACAAUUAAACAGAACUAUAACUUGGACGCAGAGACAUGUAGAACAAUGACAAAGUCCAUGGCAUUACUGAUAUCAAAUCCUCUCAAAGGAGUAGAAUACAAUCAUAAUAAUAAGUCACUGAUCAACAUGGUGAGGGCGGUGGGCAAGCCAGGAAGCAACAUCACCGCCGACAUUGUAUGCCAGUUCAUCGUGAACAACAAUGUGCAUCGACCAAAAAAAUUGAAUGACACCAUGAAGUCGGCAGCCGGCUACUCUGCCGAUGAAAGAAGGAUGUCGCGAGACAAUGUCAUUGAUAUUCCAACGCAUUGA